AUGGACGGUGCCGAGCGUGGAAGCGGCGCGCCUGCAGUGCCUCUUGGCGCCCCGCGCACGGAGCGCGAGUGCUUGGAGGCAGAGGUGGAGCGGAGCCCACGGGCCGGUGCGCCGUGGCUUGCCCUCAUUGCGCACGUCCAGCACGCGGGCGACGUAGACGCAAUGCGGGAUGUGUACGACCGAUUCUUUGAAUACUUUCCGAAUGCGAGUGCCCAGUGGAUAGCGUACACAGAGAUGGAGCUUGCACACUCUAAUUUUGCGCAGGUGGAUGCGAUCUUUGUGCGGUGUCUCCGAACAACGCUCAGCAUGGAUCUGUGGAAGCUGUACUUGCAGUACACGCGCCGAGUGAAUCCAUUGCCGGCGUAUACCAACGAAGAAAACAGCCCGCGUGAGCAGACACAGCGCGUGCUUGAAGGCGCGUAUGAGUUUGCGCUCAAGUACAUUGGCUGGGACCGCGAGAGCGGCGUGAUCUGGCACGACUAUAUCCAGUUGAUCCGCGAGCGCGAAGUGCGUGGGACGUGGCAGGAGGGCCAAAAGAUGGACCAGCUGCGCCGAGUGUUCCGUCGCGCUGUUGUGGUGCCCAUGAACCAGGUCGAGGCGAUUUGGCGCGAGUACGAUGCGUACGAAAAUACGCUGAACAAGAUCACUGCGAAAAAGUUUUUGGGCGAGAUUUCGCCGGCGUACAUGCAGGCGCGCAGCGUGCUGCGUGAAUUAAAGAGCAUGACGGACCCCCUCGCACGCCCGCAGCUUGCACAGCUCCCUAGCUGGAUCGUGCCCGGUACGCGCACACCAGCCAAGGAGCGGCAAGCGCUGCGCGCGUGGAUACGGUACCUCGAAUGGGAGCAGAGCAAUCCGCUGAUGCUCGAAGAGCAGUCUGCGCUUAUUUUCCGCGUGCUUGCAGCCUACCGAAAAGCGGUGAUGUACAUGCGCUUUGAUGCUGUGAUUUGGUACAUGGCCGCGAUCUACUGCCAGUUGAUCCAGCGCGACGCUGAAGCGCUGCAGUGGCUGCGCAACGGAAUGGACGCGUGCCCGUGGAGCUUUUUGCUGCACUUUGCGUACGCAGAUCUGUGCCGCGCGCAAGGCAAGUACCAAGAUGCAAUCACAAGCUUGGAUGCGUACGUUGCAUACUUGGAGCAAGCAAUUGCGCAGCGACUCCACGCCUUGGAGCAGCAGCGCCAGCGCGUGGACGAGGAUGUGGACGCGGAGCGCGCCCGUGUACGGCAGCGGCGCGAGCAGCUUGAUUCUGCGCCGGAAGACGAGACGGACAAGACGGCAGAACUUGUCGAUAUUGAGCGCAAGCUGCAGGAGGAGCGCGUCGCGCGCAAGGAUAAACUCGAGGAGCAGGCACGCCCCGAGCUCGACGAGUGGAAAGAAGGCAUGGCCCAGGCGUGGAUCAAGUACAUGCAGCUUGUACGCCGCGCGGAAGGCAUCCGCCCCGCGCGCCAAGUGUUUGCUCGCGCACGCAAAGCGCCGUACGCGACAUGGCACGUAUACGAGGCAAACGCACUGCUCGAGUACCACUGCUCCAAGGAGCCGCUCGUUGCGACGAAAGUAUUCGAGCUUGCACUGCGCACGUUUGGCCCAGAAGAGCUACUCGUUGUCCGCUACCUCGAUUUUCUUAUCGCCAUGAACGACGAUACAAAUGCGCGCGCUGUGUUUGAGCGCACGGUGAGCAGUGUGCCACCCGCGCGUGCGAGGCCGAUUUGGGAGCGGUGGUCCGAGUACGAGUACAAUUACGGGGAUGCAAGCGCGAUUGCAAGGCUCGAGUCGCGCUUGUGUGAGCUGUAUCCCCACGAAUCGCGCUUGGAUGUGGCUGUGGAGCGCUACAGGUACAAGACGCUUGACUUUGUGCGCAACAAAGAUCUGGGCUACACACGCGCUGUGCCGCCAGUGCCAGGCGAGGUGCGCACCACUAACGAAGAAGAGGCGCAACCCGAAGCGCAGCCCGAGCAUGCCAAGGCCGAGCCAAAUGCUGCGGGGCGCCAGUCGAUGGAAGAGAUCCGCAAGAGCCUGCUCGCUGGCGAGCCCGCGAAGAAGGACGGCGAGAAGCGCGGCGCAAAAUCCGACGCUGCAGCUUCCAGCAAGAAGGCAAAGCACACCGAGCCACCGCGCAAGGCACGCCAGGACCUUGUGCCGCCGCUGCCGGAUGCGCUCCUCUACUUUCUACGCAUCCUGCCGAAUGCACGCGACUUUGACGGGCCCCUCGUGCCGCCGGAGCGGAUUCUAGAGUGUCUUAUGCACUCCACGCUUCCCACCGUCCCCCUCGCAGGCAUGUCCGAGCGCAAAGGCGCCAAGCGCGGCGGCCAGCGCAAAGCGCAUACAGGAGUACUGCGCACAGAGCGUCUGAUCAGUGUCGAGCAGCCGACGCCGCGGUGGAUCCAAAUGCUGCUAGGUAUUACGGGCGAGACCCUGUCGUUUGCCGAGUACCUCCAGGUUAAGGAGCAUGUGGUGUAUCGCCCUGGGGAAGGAAAUGAUCCCGCACAAGUUGGGACGCGGUUUGACCAGACAGCGCAUAUCGAGUGCUGCGGCACACAUACCCAAUCGCGCUUUCACGGCGUGUUUUCCUCUGCCGCGCGCAAGGUCGAGGAUGCGAGCUAUGGCCGUUUCCGUGAUAAUGCCGCGCUGGGGCGUCUCGGGUUCGCAUCGGUGCUUGCCGCACUUGGGGGCGGCAAGCAGGCGCACUACGAGCCUGUGUUGAUAGAAAAGUAG